CUUUUUUCCAAAGACAGGUUCGAAAGUAAGUUAUCACUCCUUCUCCUCUCUCCCUCCCGCAACAUUUCGCGAAAGCGACCAACAUGCCUAUCAUCCUUCAACGGUUCCUGAUCUCGACCAUGAUGGCGGUCUUGCUCUUCUGCAGCCUACCAGGUCGCGUUACCGCUCUCCCUUUCUUGGCCAGCUCAGGUCAUACGGUAGUCCAAAACUAUUUCAGCGGAGACCAGCCCAUUUUGCCUCAGACAGUAGUCCUGCUCGGACAGUUGCUGGGUGCAGCAAAGACCAAGCUGCAAGGAGGAGACGCGGAUUUGCAACAGGACUUGGACAACUUGGUGAAACAGGCAAAGAAGUAUCUCAAGAAGGGUGAGUGGAAGCUUCCCUGUCGUUGAGAGAUGUACCAAGCCGAUGCAAUUCUAGGGCCUUGGUCAGUGACCAAUAACCAGAUGUCUGUCCCCAAUGGUACUAUCCACGAUUAUGCUUCCCAAGCACCCUACUACUGGCCAAACAAUUGGGAAACCCCCGAGUCGGGCGAGGUGUGCCCGUAUGUCAAACGCGAUGGCUAUGUCAACCCCGAAGCUUCUCUGUAUACGUCAAAGCAGGACAGGGCGGACAUGUUCACUGCGUCCUAUUCCUUGGCACUCGCCUGGUACUAUACCGACACUCCGGCUUACAGGGAACAUGCGGCGCAAGUCAUCAAGGCUUGGUUCCUUGACGAGGAUACGGCGAUGACCCCGCACCUGAAGCACUCGCAGAUUAUUCCUUGCGAAAACGACGGAAGAGCGAUCGGCAUUUUGGACUUUUCAGAGCAAUACACGACGGUUCUUGAUGCCGCGGCCAUUCUCAGCACAGUGUACGACGCGAGUUGGAACAGCGAGACGGAGAAGGCAUUCAAGGCGUGGAACCAAGAAUUCCUCACGUGGUUGACGGAUAGUGAGUUCGGAAAGAAAGAACUGGCCGCCACGAAUAACCACGGUACUUUCGCUCGUCAGCAAAUUGCCGGUAUUGCCGCCUAUGUCGGGCAAAACGACCUUGCUGCUGCGAUGGCACAAGGGGCCAAAGCCAUCGUCGACAGCCAAAUCGAAUCCGACGGGUCCCAGCCACUCGAGCUCUCCCGAACACGCUCAUGGCACUACUCGUGUUUCAACCUGGUAGCGCACGCUCGGCUUGCAGACAUAGCUCACCAGGUUGGUGUUGAUCUUUGGGGUUAUAAGGGCGAGCAAGGACAGUCUAUCUUGGGCGCUAUCGACUAUCUCAUUCCUUACGCAUCGACAGAUGGUGAAACGUGGCCAUACAAGGAACUUUCAUUCAUCGGAUACGGGGCAAGUGAUCUUGUCAAUGCGGCGGCGGAUCAGGGAGACGAGAUGGCCAAGGCUGCUCUGCCAAGUCUGACUUACCCUUCGACCGGUAAUCAGUGGCCCUUGAGGCCCUCGGUCGAGAAAUUGGACAAAUCUGGCUGAUAGGGCUUCCUUUUGUGAUUUUGUUUUCUUCUUCAUGAAAAUCAGCAGUCAUUAUACCUAUCAGUAGUUCUCGAUAUUGCUAUGCAAGUCCUCAUCAAACUCACA